AUGGACGAGAACUUCGAGCGCGAUUAUGUGCUGAAGUACCAUGCGCGGGAGUGGUGGAGCACUCAAGUCAGUGAAGAUGAAGAGUUUGACACCGGUUGCCUGUGCCUGGCCAACAUUGACAAUGAGCCAAGCGGGGCAAACAAAAUCAUUACUGGAAGCUACCAGGGAAUGCUUCGCAUGUACUACCCGAAACAGAAGGAGUACAAAAUCGAGGAUCUCAUCCUGGAGAGUAACAUGGAGGCCCCGAUCCUGCAGAUCGAGGCGGGUAGAUUUGUGCAGGGCAGCCGAGAGAUCUGCAUGGCUUUGCUUCACCCGAUGAAGCUGUCAGUCUACAUGGUGUCAGCGGUUUCCUCUGGUGGAUCUGUCAACUACUACUCUGUGGCUCUGGCCUACGAGCACAGGCUUUCAAGGCCUGCUUUCAACAUGUGUUAUGGAUGCUUUGGUGGAGUCAAGGAUCGUGACUACUUCUGUGUUCAGUCUUUGGACGGCGUCCUAUCCUUUUUCGAGCAGGAAUCGUUCGCUUUCAGCCGAAUGCUGACAACCAACUUCCUGGUGCCUGGCCCCAUAUGCUAUGUGCCAAAGAUCGACAGCUUUGUCAUAUGCACCAAUGCAAUGUGUAUAGAGGCCUACCGGUAUCAGGUUCUUGCAGCAGCUGCAGACAACGUGGACCAGUCAGCAGGAGAGGGCGCCUCCGGGAAAAAGGUCCAGGUCGACUGGUCUACGAACAUUGGGGAACAUGCUCGAAGCAUCGAGGUGGUGCGCUUUAGCCGUUCACUCUCCGCAAAUCAGCAGGAAAUCCUGGUGGUGGGGGAGCAGACGAUCUUUACUCUCAAGGACAGUGGUGGCAUCCGGCUCCAAAAGCGUCUGGCCGAGUAUGGAAUAACUGCCUCUCUGGCGUACAAGAUGCCGCCCGAGUCACCAGACGUCCCUGCGAACCACAACUUGAUCCUCGGAACGAGCACGGGUCAUUGUCUGGUGCUCAAAGAAAUGCAGCUUGUCUGGUGCGCACGCCUUCAGGGCAUGGUUCCGACGCAAAUCUGCGUCGACACUGUUGGCGGCGUGCGAGGCAUGGUGGUGCUGAUGGAUGGCAAGGGAAAGCUGCAGGUCUGCUAUUUAGGCACUGAUCCGCCCACUGCGAGCUUGGUCAACACGGAAAUGAAGGAGUUAAACUACGAUGAGAUGGAAGAGGAGCAUCAGGAGCUGCUGAAGGUAAUUCGGCAAACCCACGGCGACGGCGCCGCCGAGCCGGAAGAAACCCUUGUCGUGGACUCCCAGGUGCCUCAGGUACUGGACCUGGGCAUGAACGAGGACGACUGCGAUGCAGAUGACCCCGUGGGACGUUCAGACGGAAUGGUGAUGCAGCUUACAGUGAAUUUGUGCGUCACUCUGGGUGGUGGCAAGGCCGUAGAAAACGUCUCCAUUACCUUGAAGGCACCACAGUGCUUUGCGCUCUCGCAGACAUCAAUUUUCAUAGACAAGGUCGAGCCUGGACGACCACCAGUGAUCAUACCGAUCGUCUUUCGUGUGUGGAACAAGAUCCUGUGUUCGAACUUAGAAGUUGCUGUUUGUGCAUCGUACUUCUCACUGAAUAAUGAGCCUCGCACUGUCGCAUCCUCCUUCUGGUUGCCAUUUGCCUUAGUGGCCAGACCAAUCCCGCCAGUCAAAAACGCCAAGCACAAGAUUCAGCUGGACUGCAAUAAGCAGCCCCCGCAGUUGCAAGUGUUGUUUGCCGGCCUGCUCAGCCAGCCGCACGUGUCAGCUGCGGUGAGCCAGGGGAUGUCCAAUCUGCUCUCUAUUCAGUACGUCUCCGGAACGGAGGCAACAGUGCUGGUGCUGAAGAGCAGCGGGCGCUUCUGUGUUCAAGCAACAGAAUUCGCGGCUCUCUGGGUUUUGACACAGGAGCUUUGCAACCGUCUCCAUGAGUAUUUUGGUCCUGGUGGCGAAGGUGCUGCCGCAGACGACGAGGAGCCCUUCUUCAUCACCUUCCAGGACAGUCUGCCUUUGCAUGAUUACUUUGCAUUGAUCGAUGAUCACUUCGACCUUCGUCGCCACCUGGACGAACUUCGAAAGGAUCUGGCAGAUCGAACGCAGCAAUACCGAGUUAUCCAGAAGCGGCUGCUGGUGCGAUUCAAGGAUCGAAACCCGUCACCGCUCAAUCAUCUGGACACCCUGCUCAACUUGACCUUCGAGCAGACACUUCUGCUCACAGAUGCCAUUGAUGACGUGGAGCAAGCUCUUAGAACGGUCUCUUGUCAUCUUUCGGCUGCCACUGAGCUCGUUCUACUCCUCGUCAAGUUCAGGUUUGGCCUGGAUGAGGACAACUUCAACGCUCUGCGGAGGCAUUUGAGUCCAGAAGUCUGUGACACCACUGAGCAGGGUUGGGAGGAGAAGGUAGACACCUCCUUGCUUCAUCUUUUGCGAACUGCGCUGGCAAGGAGUGUGAAGGAAGGCAACAGCUUGCCCCCACCUAUGAAGGUGCCUCAGGACACCCUCAAGCUGCGGAAGCGCAUCACCACAGUCGUCGACCGUCUGGCAACUGGGGCGCGCAUGAGCGACGAGGCUGCUGCAGGUGGCAUAGAGCCUCCAGAGGAAGAGAUGCCUGGAGAGGAUGGCGAAUGA